CGUAAACAAGGAGGACCUGCAGAGGUGCCAGGAGUUGGUAAUCGACGCCCAACAAGUUUAGUCAUCGGUGCACUUCUCGAACUACAACGCAAAACUUUAACGCAUUUAAAAAUAAGUGCUUUGGUGACUGUUUAACACACAAAAAUGUGGUCGUCUUUCACCGCAUCACUCCGAAAACUCUUCGGACGUAGUAAGAGAGAAGAAAUAACGCAAGAUGCUGAAGACACAGCUAACAAAGUCGAAGAUUUAGCUCACGACUCCACUGUCAAAACCGGAGAGUUGUAUAAACAAACUGAGGAAAAUAUCAAAGAUGCUGCACACAAAACUGAGCAAGAUUUUAAGAAAAUUGGUCAAGAUGUCGACACUAAAAAAGCACAGUUUGGGGAAGCUCUCCAAGACACCAAAAACGCCGCCGAAGCUAAAGCUAGAGACUUUGAACGUGGCGUUGAAGACACACUCACUGAAGCUGGAAACAGAGUGAAAGAAACCCAAGAAGCAAUCGAUAAAAAAGCGCAAGAAAUGCGUGAAGCAGCCGAAGCUAAAGCACGCGAGGCGAGAGAAGCAGCUGCAGCUAGGGCGAAAGAAGCAAGGGAAGCGGCCGAAGCCACAGCUAGAGAAGUGAGAGAAGCGGCCGAAGCCAAAGCUCGAGAAGCGAGAGAAGCGGCGGAAGCCAAAGCUAAAGAAUUGAGAGAAAGCGCCGAAGCUAAGAAAAAAGAAGUGAGGGACGCCCUUGACGAAAAGAAACAGAAAUUUAACGAAAGUGUGCAAAGUGCGGAAGAAACGAUCGAAAACAAGUUUAAAGAAACGAGGGAAAGUAUCGACACUACGGUUAAAAACACGAGCGAAGCGGCCGAAGCCAAGCGCAAGCAGGUCAUCGAAGGGGCGCAAAGUGUGGAGAAAGCGCUCAGUGAUAAGUGGCAAGAAACGACAGAAGCUGCCGAAGCAAAGAAGAAGGAGUUUGGGGAAAGUGUUGAAAAUGCGCAAAAAUCUCUCAAUGAAGCGCUUGAUCGGAAAGUUCACGAUGUGAGCAACUAUACUACUGAGAAGAAGCAACAGUUUGAGGAAGGAAUGCACAAUGUUGGGGACGCUCUGGCGAAUAAAUCGAAAGAAGCAGCCGAUUAUGCUAACGCUACAAAGGAACAAUUUGCGACUAGUUUUCAAAACUUUGAAAACACCUUAGAUUUGAAGCUGAGGGAAGCUGGGUCCGCGAUUGAUAACAAGUUUCACGAAUUUGGAAAUUAUUUGGAUAACACUAAGGAGAGUUUGAAGGAAGAUGCGGAUGAGACGAAUCAACGGAAAAGUCAUUCUUAAUUAAGUAAAAUGCUUGCGUUAUUGUUAGAGUAAACUCGUGAAAUAAAUGAAAUGCCAAAUUGGUGUUAACCAAAUGUUAUUAUGUGGUGAAAAACCUAAAUAAAGUAUGGCUUGAAGGCAAAUUUGUAAAAACAAAAUUUAAUCAUCAGAUUCGUUGUUUUCACGAGAGAAUAUUUAAUUUUUUCUGUCUACUUAAAUACUCAAGUGUGCCUUUUUUAUUAAGCAAACUGUUGCACUGUUUAUAUUUUUGUAAAUUUUUGCAUUUGAUAUUUGUAUAAAUGUAAAACUACAAAUGUUUAUGUAUUUGCUUGUAAAUAAAUUUUAUUUCAAAUUAA